GGUUAUUCCAAUUGCUUUGAUAUUUUAUAUGUAGACACUUUUAGUGGACCUCCAUUCUCAAGUAGUGAUCUGAUUCUGUUCUUCCUAUUUACAGUCAAUGUUUUACAUCACAGAAUCCAGUGUGUACAGAAAUCAUGUCUUCUUUUAUCGAAAAAUGGUGUGGAAAGAUUUGAAACGUUUGGGAAUGAAAGAUUAUGUAGAGAGAGGAGUUUUACGAAAGUUGCCAAAUGAUAUUGGUGAAGAAAAAAGUUUAAAAUUUGGUUUCUACAACUUGAGAUUUUUGCCAAAGAAAUCAAGUGUACGACCGAUAAUCACUAAGUCUGUAAUCCCACAAGUGAAAACAAAAAACUUCAACUUGAAGGCUGCAUUAGAGACGUUAAAAUAUGUUACGAAAAAAUCUCCCGAACUCGUUGGGUCUGCUGUAUUUGGAAUGCAUGAUGUUUAUGACAUUUGGAAAAAGUUUGUCAAUAACGCAAGACAGAAAAACUACAGCGAACUUUAUUUUGUAAAGUUGGAUAUUGAGAAAUGUUAUGAUACAAUGAUACAGUAUCGGUUGAUGUGCAUCUUGGUGGAUAUAUUAAACCAGGAGAAAGACAAAACAUUCAUAAUGCGUCACUAUGUGAUCUGUGGUACAAAUCAAGGCAGACUGUUUAAGAACCAUAAAUGGAAUGUCACAUCAACAAGUGAUCAUCAACCUGACAUGGUUAAGUUCAUUCAAGACAUGGAACCCAGUACAGCUUUAAGUAACAAGAUUAUCAUAGAAGUUGUAAGUUUGGAAAGUCUGUUUGAUGAGACAUCAAAGCUUUUACCUCAUUUUCAAACUCAAUCUUUGACCCAUCCACUCAAUUAUCAUCAACCAUGA